GAAGAGAAAAGAAAAGCUAAGCUAAGCUAAACUAAGCUAAGCUGAGGAAAGGUUCCGGUUAAGGAUUACAUCCGGAGUGUUAGAGUCACUUACGGAGACAAUUUAACCUACGUAGUUCCAGAUGAUGGUCAUCCUGUAUUCUGGAACCUUUGCAGCUGUCUGUAUAAACAUGCUGGUUUGUCCAUCCUCAGGCUCCUCUCACUGUGUUUGAGUAUACAGUGGCACGGGUUAAAUACAGAGAUGGCUGAUGCUACUAGUCCCAGCAACAUUAAUCAGCAGAUUGCGACUGAUUUCCAAAACAACAAAGAGAGCUUUGUGCCAAGACUGAGAUGGACUCCAGGUAUCAAGAUUAAAGACACAGAUCUUGAAGAUUCGAGUGAACUGUAUGACUCUACAUCGGGGAGCACUGAUGAGUAUGAUUCAGAUACCAGCUACGAGAGUGAAGACACUGAUGCCAACCUUAAACCAAACUUAGGGGAAAAUUGGCAGUUUGCUACCGAUCUGUGGAAUGAACCGUUCUCAUUUAGCCCUCCUUUCUGUGACACCACCACAUCAGACAUGACUUUUGACAGGGGCACCAUUACUUCUGAAGUCUGGGGAGCAGAUGAAUCUCGCUCACAUCAGGACACUAAUGACAGCAUAGUUGUUAGUGUUUCUAAAAAAAAAAAAGGUAAUAGAGUUUAUGACAAGAGACAUUAUUGCUUGUAUUGCAGUAAACCUUAUGCCAAAAUGGCAAGGCAUUUAGAAACUGCACAUGCAACAAAAGCUGAUGUGGUUAAAGCUGUUGGCUUUCCAAAGGGUUCCAAGGAGAGGAAGAAAGCCCUAGAUUAUAUUCGCAAUAAAGGCAACUAUGCUCACAAUGCUGCUAUUAUGGAGGCAGGGAAGGGUGAACUAGUGCCAUGUAAACGACCGCCUAAAGAAGCACAGGGGAUCGAUUUCAUGCACUGUGCAUACUGCCAAGGACUUUUUACAAGAAAGGUCCUGUGGCGACACAUGCAAACUUGUAAACUUAAACCUGGAUCAGUCGGCCCAAAACCAGGGAAGAACCGUGUUCAGUCCUUGUGUACGUACACGGCGCCUGUGCCCUUGAAAGUAAAUCAACAACUGUGGAAAGUAAUCAGUGCUAUGAAUCCUGACCCAGUCACAGAUAUAAUAAAAAAUGACAAUGUCAUUCUUGAUCUUGGGCAGCACCUGUUGAACAAAGGCGGCAUGUCAGCCAACAAUCAGCUGUAUGUACGAGAGAAGAUGCGAGAAAUGGGAAGACUGAUUCACAGCGCCAGGCGAGUUACCACCUUACAAGCAAUGGAGGAUUUCAUACAUCCAGAGAAAUACUCGGAGAUCGUCAAAGCUGUCCAGAUUACUUGUGGCUAUGAUGGUGACACUAAAAAGUUUGUGACUCCAUCACUGGCAAUUAAACUCGGGAAUGCUUUGGUUAAAGUCAGCAAAUUCUUAAAAGCUCAGGGUUUGAUAUCCAACAACAGGGAGCUUGUAAAGAAUGCCAGUGAGUUUCAAGAAAUCCACAAUGAAAAGUGGAAUGAGAUGGUAUCUGCAACAGCUCUGAGGAACAUCGCGGAAGCCAAGUGGAAUGUGCCAACCUUAAUGCCCUUCACUGAGGAUGUUCAAAAGAUGCAUCAUUUUCUUGGUCAGAUGCAAGAUGAGUGCAGCAAUGCACUAUCUAAAAGUCCUUCUGUAAAAGCUUGGAUAGACCUGACCAAGGUGUGUUUAACACAGACCAUCCUCUUUAAUCGGUGCAGGGAAGUACACGUGGAAAGUAUGCCCUUGUCUGCAUUUUUGUCAAGAGAUAGCUCUGAUUCCCACCAGGAUGUGGACUGGGCCCUCACUGAAGUGGAGAAACGGUUCUGCAGACAUUUUACAAGGAUUGUCAUCAGAGGAAAGGAGGGUCGACCACUUCCAAUUCUUCUGACUCCAAAAAUGCUGUGUGCAUUAGAGCUACUUGUUAUGCACAGAGAGACUUGUGGGGUUCUGAAAGACAAUAGUCACAUGUUUGCAAGACCCAGAGCCAUGACACAUUUCCGUGGUUCAGAGUGCCUCCGUGGCGUUGCAAAGGCAUGUGGUGCAAAGUGUCCCAAAUCACUGACAUCCACCAAACUACGAAAGCAUGCUGCCACCAUUUCAGCAGUGCUGAACAUGACAGAUGCAGAGAUGGAGCAAGUGGCCAACUUUCUUGGUCAUGACAUUAGAAUCCACGGUGAGUUGUAUCAACUCCCUGAAAAAACACUACGACUUGCCAAACUCAGCAAGGUUCUAAUGGCACUCGAGAGAGGAAGAUUUGCUGAGUUCCAUGGCAAGAACUUGGAUGAAAUCACAGUAGAUCCAGACGAAAAAGUGCUGGUUUGUGAUGAGGAAGAUGGGAGCAGAAAGGAAGGACACUGUUCUUCUGUUGAUGAUAUGUUGGCUGAGAGGAAUGAAGUGCCGCCACCACCCAAGAGAUGCAAACCACAAUCAGCAGCGGAUGAAGAAUCUCCAGGAGUCAGUGCCGAGAAGCCCUCCACCAAAAGCAGACCUACCCAGAGGAGAACACCCUGGCAGCAGGCGGAAGUGCAGGCAGUGGAGAGGCACAUGAGUCACUUCAUCACUUCGUGUGUUGUACCAGCAAAGAGUGACUGUGAGAAAUGCUUGCAGGCAGAACCAGAAGCUCUCAAGAACCGAGACUGGCAGAACGUGAAAUUUUUUGUUUAUAACCGCAUUACAGCCUACAAAAGAAAAGUCCAGUUUAAAUAGUGUGGAGAUAACCAGUCAACAGGCUGGUAUUACAGUUUACAUUCUCUUUUAAAAGUUUCACAUUCUUUACAGUUGUUUUUGCUUUUUUCUUUCUUUUUGUUAUUAUUUUACAGUUUGCUGUCAGGAGUGAAAUGUGAGCAGGAGAGUAGGGCUGGCGCUCAAGUUUCAUUUUCAGUUACGAUUUUGGCAGUGAUUAUGAACAUGAUAACAAAGAUAAAACCAAGAUUGUCACAUUCCAUUUCACAACAAUGCUCUCGUUUUGUCUUUUAUAAAUCCAGCACACUGAUCUCUAUUACUUAUUUACAUGACUGACUUAUUUACAAGCAUGAAACUGCUUUGUCAGCGCCCAUCAUUAGCAUCCAAACACCCUCCUCCUCAUCACUGCCAGGCUUUCACUGCUCCCUGAUGUUCUUUUAGCAUCCACCAGCGCUGCCGUCCCUGUUUUGAGUCCAUCCAGUGCGCAGCUGACACUGGGUGAGAGGCAGGGUACACAGGUUGCCCGGCUGUCAGAGGGCUAACCAAGAGACAGACAACUACUCAGACUCACAUUCACACUUGCAGGCUAUUUACAGUCUCCAGUCCAGCAAACCUGAAUGUCUUUGGACCUGUUAUGAAUCACUGUUAAAUCGUUGUAAUUUCAGUAUUGACCAAAAUCAUUGUGAGUGUGAUGAUUUUUUUUUUUUUUUUUUGCCAUAAUCGAGCAGCCCAACAGCGACUAGGCAGGAUUUUAGGGUUUUAUCAUAAAGGACUUUCACUGACUUCAUCUGACUUCAUUUACUCAGCACUGAGGUCUAAUACACAUCAGCAUCCUCUGCUAAAAGACCCUCCAGAUGAAAACAUCAACAGUGAUGUCUGACAUGUUUGUGCACAUGCUGUACAUUCAAGUGAAACAUUAAGAAAUUUUACACCAAAAUGUGGAAAUAGACUUGAACAAAAUGUAUCCCCAGCAAUAACAAUGCAACACAUCGAUACAACAGAAAUACCACAAGUAUCCAUUUGGUCACGAGGAGGUCAAAAAAAAAAGUGCAGGCAAGCUCAGUGUGUUUUUUAAAGUAAAGAUUAUUAGAUGUCAAGGUUACAUAUAAAACAUUUCAUCAUUGAGAUGGAGUCAUCUCAUCUGUUCCUGAAUCAGACUUGUAAAUGACGAUAUGCAUCAUUUUUAUUAUUUUCACUGUGGAUAUCUUAUAAAGUUUCAUCUCACAAUUAAAUGUCUGUUUUUCUUCACCCUCAGUACCUGAUAGAACCGAUGAUAUAACAGUGAAGAACUAAAAUACUCGGUGUUAAUGAAUAUCUCUGGGCUUCAUUCAUGCCAGCAUGAUGGAGAGAAGACCCUCCUGGCGUUCUCUCAGCAGAAUCUCCUAACUCCAUGCAUUUAUGCUGUUUCACAGAAUGAAAGCAGAAAACCAAACAUCAGGACACUGCAGGCUUGGCUGCUUCCACAUUGAUCAUCUCAGUACUUAACCACUGGAAUACCACAAGGAGUGUUUUAUCUGCAUUUUUUAUUUUCACUGUUGUAAUCUUUCCAUUUGCUGCUCCACGGACAUGAUUCAGCUGAUUUUCAUCAUGAUUAUUCUAGAAUUCAUUAAUGCCAUUACUUCUUAUCUUUUUCUUUCUCCCUUUAUUUUCAUGUUUGACUGUAUGUCAGUCUCUACUAAUCUCACACAACUGCAGUAGACUUCCCACUCCACACCGAAAGAGAACAUCCACUCACAGAGCUCUGUGAGUAGGGCUUCCACUGUUAGGAUCAUUUUUGAUGAUUAUUAUUACUGAUUUCUUUUUUAUUUAUUUGUAGU